ACUUUAUCUACACUGAUUGAAGUGACAUCAGUAAGUAUCAUAGCUUUUACAUGGUCAGUCUUCCUUGGAAAGAGCAGGUUAUCCGGUGUUCUUAACGUUUUUUUUAGCACUCAGUGUACCUAUUUCCAAUGCUGCUUUUAAAUGAAUAAAAAAAGCGAAACGUUUGUAGCCUAUUCCUUCUGGGAUGGAGAGAUGAAAUCAAUCACCGCUGGGAGGAAAACUAGGGCAGUAAGGUAUUCGACGCCACACGAAAGGCUAUUUGCACGCUGAGUCGUCGUCGUGCAAAGCAUCUACAGUAACCAUAGGCCUACGUUUGGACGCCGAUUUAUUUGUAUUUUUUUGUUGUUGUGCAUUCGACAGAGAACUUGGCAUCCGUAGCAUUGUGUCACAACUUUGAUAUGUUGACUGCUGGCUAAACGGGAAAGACUGGGUUGUGCUGGCGGCGUAUUGGAACAGAGCAGUGACUGUUGUUUUGAUCCAAGAGUUGGAGGUAAAAGUGGGAGUUCCAGAAUUCACAAGAACGCAGAGUAGCCUAAUGGAUCACUGAACGAAUGAAAAGUCUACGGUAUAUUUUGUACGGUAUAAGUAAUUUUUUGAAUCCCUAAUAAAGACUGAUGAAAGUUGACAGCUGCUCGGAGGGGCAGGGCCAUUCAUGUCCGAGGGAUUUAGUUAAACCUAUGCAGCUAGAUAUGGAAGAAAAUGGGUCCCAAGGAACUCGACGACGACUCUCUGGCUCUAGAGUGUCAACCAAAAGCAAGGCACCCUCUCCCCCAGUAUCAGUGAAGGGCCUGGAAGGUGCAGGCCUCUCCCAGAGACACUCUGUAUCAGGAUAUCCUCUGAUGACCAUGGACCAGAAGGAGAACCUACUUGAACAGGACCUGACUCUGGUUGUGGUUCUGCCAGGCGGAGUGGAGAAGACGGCCACUGUCCAUGGCAGCAAGCCUAUGAUGGAUUUGUUAGUCAUGCUUUGUGCCAAGUACCACCUGAACCCAUCAGGCCACACUAUAGAGCUCGUCACCACCAACAGAAACAACAUCAAGUUCAAACCCAACGCUUUGAUCGGGGCCCUAGAGGCAGAGAAGGUUUUGCUCAAGCCCAAAGGAAUGGAGGAAAAGAGUAAGAAGCCUGGCCCUCAGAUGCCAGAGGCAACUGUCCGUCUGGUAAUAAACUAUAAAAAGACCCAGAAGACUAUACUAAGAGUCAGCCCUCGAGUCCCCCUUGAAGACCUCUUACCAGCUAUUUGUGAGAAAUGUGAAUUUGACCGACAGAGCACACUUUUAUUGAGAGAUGCCCAAUCUGAGGAUCCUUUGGAUUUGACCUGUUCUCUCAAUGAUUUUGCAAUAAGGGAUAUCUAUGCAAGGGACACAAAAGCUAUGUACUCAACAGAUGUACCUGCCUCACCAACUACACCAACUCACCAAGGUCAUCUAGAUACCAUUCCACCCAGCAAAGAUAAAAUCCAGAAGGAGAAAGAAAACAAGGGAUUGUUCAGUCUAUUCAGGAGAAGUAAGAAGAAACCUGAGCAGGGAAUGACUGCCAGUGCCCCGGCGUCCCCAGUCUUCCCUAGCAGGCCUCGACCUCUCAGCAUGAGCUCACUCAGUGCCCACUCCUCCACAUUCAACUGCAGCACCAUGCCUUCUGACAUGUCAAAGAAGAGACGGGCCCCUCUGCCACCAAUGCUGGUGUCCCAGAGCCCCCCCUCUAACCUCAGCCAUCGCCAGAGGUCCAUCUCCGCCUCGGAGCCCGAAACCCAAACGGAUGGUGACCAGAUGACGACUGGUCUGAGUCGCAGAACAGAGUCUUCACUGAAGAGGACAAAGCGCAAGGCUCCUCCACCCCCUGCAUCUCCUGGAGUGGUUGUCCAAGAUGAAACUUUGCUAGAUAGAGGUGGCCAACCUACUACACUGGAAGAGAUCGUGGAGCAGGAGGAGACCACUGCCUCUGUGAUCCUAGACUCUAUGAGUGAUGUCCAGGAGGACGACAGCAGCCUUAACCUGUCAACAGCAGACAUCUCCGUGGACUCUGAGAGAACCGAGGGUCUCUCUCCAUCCCCGGACGCCCCACAUGCUGAGAUGGAGACCUCCCCACUGUCUGAGAGCGAGUGCCCAGCGGGGGAAGAUCAGUCUUGUGAUCUGUCCUCAGAUGGCAAACUAGUCCACAACAUGGUGAACAACGCUGAGUGCACAGUUCCCAUGCUGAGUGUGGGGAUGGACACAUCUGAAACAGAAGGUGCUGAAAGCCCUCCAUGCCAAGCAGAGGAAAUAAGUGACCAGACAGGUUUGCCAUGUGAAGAUUCCACAACACAAGAUGGGGCCAAAGGUGAAUGUAGUACUGAGAGCUCUCCUACUAUCAGCCCACCAGCAGCCCAGCCAGUGACACAGAGCACAGGAACACAGGCCUCCGAUCAACUGGACACUGACCCCUCCUGUGAUGAACCACCAGCGGCCACCAGCAUCCCCUGUCUCCCUGCCAAAGCCUCUACCCCUGGAGCGGUGGGCCAGAAGAGGGACAUGUCCACAUCCACAGAGAAGCUGCUGACCACUGCUGAACCCAUCACACCUGCCUUAUCUCCUUCCUCAGCAACCCGUCGGGACCAAACAUCCACUCAAAGUGCCCCGGCCCCACCGAAGCCAUCCAAUGAGCUGACCAGGGACUACAUCCCCAAGGUGGGGAUGACUACGUACACUAUCGUGCCUCAGAAGACUCUGGAGAAACUGAGAUACUUUGAGGUGGAGCUAACGUUGGAGUCCCCUUAUGUGGCUCUAGAGAAGGAAGUAGAUAUUGGUUCACUUGAACUCAAAGAGGCUGAGCAGCUACAGGUCAGAACACAACAGACAGAGCUGCCGUCUACUGUACCUCGGGAAGACUAUCAGUCUCAGCAAGUCCACAGCACUACUACUAGUGAGAGCACUGUAAAUGGCAACCUGAUCGAGUCUAUUCACUCCCCCUCAACACCGACGACAAUAAUUAUUGCAAGAGAUGACAAGAUUCCAUCCCCUGCUAGUGGUGGAGACCAAGCAGGCUCCAUAGCAGAGGUCAAGGAGAUGAGAAUUCCACCCGCAACUAAACCCAAGCCUGGCUCUUUCCGCUUGCCACAGCACAAAAGAACACCUGGGUUUUACGUUACCUCGGCUGCAGUGAAACGUUUGAGUGCCAGUCCUGACGCUGGCCAGAGGGAGGCUCCAGGCAGUGUAGUGGCAGCAGCAGCAGGGCAGGCCCUGCAGCCAGUAGGGGGCAGCUUCCCCCCUCCUCCUCCUCCGGUGCAGUGGGACGAGGAGACAUCAGAGGGCGCUGAGAUAGUUGAGGUGGAGCUGAGGCCAAAGGAGGAAGAGAGCAGAAGUGUGCCCCCUCCACGGCCCAGUCCCGUCAGGGUGCCCCCAUCCCCAGGACUGAGCCUGGAGAAAUUGAGGAGUUUUACUGCUCCCAAACCCUACUCUCCUACUACCCCAUCCCGCUUUGCCCAAGCUGUAUCUUCAGCAGUCAAAAGGUCCCAGUCCUUAUCCACUGGGUCCACCUCACCAUCUCCUUGCUCGCCACCAUUCUACCCAAUCACAAGCAGCUUUUUUGUUAAAGAUCCUAAAGGAACAGAUGGGGAUAAGGAGCCUGAUGUCCUGCCAUCGAGUCUGUCAGUGCCUGAGCCCAGGAAAGAGGAAUAAAACUUUGUUUGAUAGUUUUAAGACCUUGGUUGCUAGUCUUAACAACAACCUACACACUGUAGAAGACUACUUUUUCUGUUUUGUUAUGAGAUACAGUAAUUUAUGUCCUCCACAUAUAAUUUUGAUGUUAUGAAAUAAUUUUGUAUUAUUCCCAAUUGUGUUUGAAAUGUGAUUCAUAUUGGACUUUUCAGCUGUCUUAUUUUGCCAACAAAUAUGUAUAUUAUUAGUUUUAAUAUUGAGUUGUAAUUUUCAUUGAGAAAAUACAGUAGCCUAUUUAGUACUGUCUACCAUUUUGAAGAGGUCAAUAAUUGGACUGACCUGAAAGUGGUACUUAUAAAUUCCUCAGUCCAUUUAUUUUAUUUUAUGUUACUCAUUUGGUUUUGAUAAAGCUGUGCCCGGACAUACACUGGUAUGUAAAGUAUUUCUCUUAUGAAUUAAAGUUACAUUCACAGCAUAUUAAACUAUUGACAAUCAAA